AAGUAAUGUACAUUAUGUAUGUUCUUAUAAACACACAUACACAGCUGAUGUAUACAAUGUACAUCAACCCUGCGGGCAAUAUACACGCUGAGAACCAGAGACUUCCGUAUUCUUAACCCUUCACGACUCGAGGGACUGAUAUCGCGUACGUUGUACCCAUGAUUUAAUCUUUGCUUGAUGUGAUUCACGUUUUCUGUGCCAACACUAGGUGUAAAUCAAAAAAGCAAACAAUCUCCACGUGGAUGCGAUCGGGCUGUUUUAUUAUGUGUGUAUGACAAACAAACAGGGCGAUGGAGAGCGAGGGGAUAUUUGGGAUCUCUUAUUCGGUGCUCAUCACUUCAUUGAGCGUGGGGAUAUUGACAUGGAUAUUCUUCGAUAAAAUUCAAUUUUUUGCAAAACACUUCAUCGCCAAUUUGAGUUGGCAGGUGUUUUCAUUAAUUCCUAUAAUUUCUUCGUUAUUCUAUGGAAGAAUUCCUACCAACAGAAGGUUCUUUAGCAUAGGAGUAAAACUCGCCAACAAAUAUCUCAUCGGAACUAAGUACAUAGUGAGGGGCCAGCAAAUCCUGGAGGACGACUUCGCAUGUGUCAUCGUAUCCAAUCAUCAAAGUUCCCUGGAUGGUAAUUUUAUGGUCCACCUUGGGAAUUAUAAAGGUUCCACGGUUAUCCUGAAGAAAUCCCUGCUGUACGCCUCGGGACUACUCGGACUUGCCUUUUAUUGUAGUGGGUCUAUAUUUGUCGAUAGGAAAAAUCCCGAGAGAGCGAAAGAAUCACUCAAUAAUGCUCUAGAUAAAGUCAUUAAGGAAAAGUUAAAACCACAGUUCUAUCCAGAAGGCACUCGUCACAUGGGGGAGGAAAUGUUACCAUUCAAGAAGGGUGCCUUUGUGAUGGCGAUUAACGGGCAGAUUCCAAUCCUCCCCGUUGUUGCGUCCAGUUACCGUCAUUUUUACGACAAGAAAAAGAAAAUUUUCAAAAAAGGCUCUGUGAUUGUGACGUGUCUUCCGCCCAUUCCAACAAAAGGACUGACUUUAAAUGAUGUCAAUGAUCUAAUACACAAAGUGCGGAGCGUGAUGCAGGAUACCAUAAACAGAACUACUGAGGAAGUAGAGAGCUUAUAAUAAAUAGAACUAUUGAGGAAGUAGAGAGUUUAUAAUAAAUAGAACUACUGAGGAACUAGAGAGCUUAUAAUAAAUAGAACUACUGAGGAAGUGGAAAGCUUGCAAUAAAUAAAACUACUGAAGAAGGUGAAAGCUUACAAUAAAUAGAACUACUGAGGAAGUAGAAAGCUUAUAAUAAAUAGAACUACUGAGGAAGUAGAAAGCUUAUAAUAAACAGAACAGAGAGCUUACAUAAUUUAUUACACGUGGCAUGAGUUCGUACACGUUCAUGAUUCAAGAUUGUAUAUUUUUUCCACAAUACAAUUAUGGACGGAAAACGUUUGCUGAGUCAUGGGUUAUAUUUUCUUUUCAAACACGGAUUAAUGAGAAAAAUUAUCAGAUUCAUUUUCUACGCGAGUAUAAACUAGAUUGUGCUGUCUUAAAUGAUGUUUGUAUGUACGUAUAUUUAUUACAUUGAAAUGUUCUGUAUUUCUAUAUCUAAAUACAUGUACAUCAUUUAC